AUGAUCCUGAUCUCCUUCCUUCUGUUACUACUGAGCCUCUGGCAUUUGGGUCACACGGCUGGCACACUGCCUGGAAAAGAUUUUUACCCCAAACCCACACUCAGUGCUAAACCUGGGCCUGUAUUGGCCCCAGGGGGAAACAUAACUUUGUGGUGCCGAGUGCCAGUUCCAGCCACAAGAUUCAUCUUGUACAAGGUGGGAGAUGUUCGACCAGUCCAGAUCCAGGAAUCCUCAGAGUUGGGAGCUGAGUUCCUCUUUGAAAGGGUGACCCCUGCUCAUGGAGGCAGCUAUAGCUGCUGCUACCAGACCUCUUAUAAUGUAUGGUCUCAGCCAAGUGACUCCCUGGAAGUAUGGGUGACAGACAUGUUACCAAAGCCUUGGCUCAUAGCAAUGCCAGGGCCUGUGGUGGUACCAGGCAUCAAUGUGAGCCUGCGCUGCCACGGCCCACUAGGGGGAAUGAGCUUUGCUCUGAAUCGUGUGGGCUUCCCAGGGCCUCUACAGUACCUCAGUUCUGCCCAGCCUUGGGCUGACUUUUCUCUUCAGGACUUCAUGGCUCCUGGAACCUACAGCUGUUACUACCAUACACCUUUUGCUCCAUACAUCUUGUCUAAGAGGAGUGACCCUUUGAUCAUCAGCUGGUCAGGUUCCACUGCCCAGGAUUAUACUACAGGCAACCUCAUUCGAAUGGGCUUGGCUGGACUGGUUCUCCUCAUUCUGGGGACACUGGUGUUUCUAGACUGGAACAGAGGAAGGGGCUGCCAAGACUGA